UGAAAUUUAAUGGCCUGAGUGUUCGUCUUUGUUAACAUGCUAGCUUGGGAGUAACUCGGUGACAGUUGAGAUAAGGCUGCCCUACCCAUUUAAGACAUAAUAUCGUUUGAGAACCGCCUGACGCGUACAAAACUGCUGCGCUCGUAACAUCAAGACUGCAAAAGAUCAAUAACACAAGCGAGAGAAUGUGGCUGCCCAUGAUUGGAUUGACCGCCCUGCCACACCUCGGAGGGCUCUAUGGCGGUUACAUCACACGCAACCAGGUGAAGACCUGGUACACCACCCUGCAGAAACCAUCAUGGCGGCCCCCGAAUGCAGCGUUCCCUGUGGUGUGGACCUGUCUCUAUACAGGAAUGGGGUAUGGUUCCUAUCUGGUUUGGAAAGAACUUGGAGGUUUUACUGAUGACGCGGUCGUGCCCCUGGGACUUUACGGAUUGCAGCUGGCACUCAACUGGGCCUGGACGCCCAUCUUCUUUGGCGCACACAAGCUCAAAUUGGCCUUCAUGGAGAUUGUGCUUCUAACCGGGACUGUCGGCGCCACCAUGUGGUCCUGGUACCCCAUCAGCCGGCCAGCCACUUUGCUCCUGGCGCCCUACCUGGCCUGGUUGUGUCUGGCCACCUCCCUCAGCUAUCGCAUAUGGAGAGACAACCCUGAGAAAAAAGAAGAGUAGAAGAAAAGGGAGAAGACAUUUACAUCAGCCUUGAUCAAACCGCUGUAGCAUUUUCUGUGUGGAUCACACUGUUAAGGGGCCUUAAAAAUGAUCAAUGUCUAUGAAAUUCAUUAUAUUGCACUAAGCUUUUUUCUGAGCCUAAAUUGAUUGGCUUGUUGAUGACAUGGUCAGAAAGAUGCGAUUGCUUCAUUUUUUUUUUUUUUACCAGCAGCCUUUUUACAGUUCUCUCAUAACUACACGCGUCUGUUCAAAUGCAAUUUUUUUUAUUUAAAUAAUGUGAUCGAUAGCCUGUGCAAGUCAAUCCAAAACAAUUUUGGUGGAGGAAGUGAUUAACUGAAAUAUUGUGGUUACACGAGUGCAUACCUUGUUACAACUGGGAUGUAGCCAUGUUCAAAAUUGAACAUUCAAACAAUAAACACCGCAUGUAUGAUGUUC